AUGGAAGAGGUGCUAAGCAUACAGUCACCUGUCGUAUUUGACGAAUCUGUUGCGCAUUACGAGAUUCAUGCGCAUCGGCCCUAUACUUUAUCGAAUUUCAACAAGAGCGAUGAAAUUCGCAUUGGUAUACAACAUCAAGAUCUAUGUGUGCUGCCUUCGCGCAGUUCACUACAUAUAUGCGGAAAAUUGCAAAAGCCAGAUGGCACUGCUAUCGAGGGCACGCGAUUUGUAAACAAUGCCAUAUGUCAUCUAUUUGAGGAAAUUCGUUACGAGCUCAACGCCGUAGAGAUUGAUCGAUGCAAGAAUGUGGGCUUGACAAGUCUCAUGAAAGGAUUCGUAUCAUUCAGCCCUAGUCAGAGCUCAGUGAUUGAAAAUGCAGGCUGGCUCGACAUUGCAGAGACUCAACGGCUUGACGAUAAUGGCUACUUUGACGUAUCAAUUCCACUUGGUAUGAUCCUGGGUUUUGCCGAAGAUUAUCGCAAAAUUGUUGUGAAUGCCAAACACGAGCUUAUUCUCACAAGAUCAAAUUCUGAUGUGAAUUCUAUUGUGCAGACGCAAGUAGUCGCAGCUGGUGCAAAUGUUUACGAGGAUUACCAAGUUGAAAUCACCAAAAUUGAAUGGCUAAUGCCAUAUGUGCUGCUCUCGGAUAAACAUAAAAUUAAAUUGCUCAAUCAUCUGAAAAAGGAUAGACCUGUCACCAUGAGUUUUCGUAGCUGGGAACUAUACGAGUAUCCAUUGUUGCCCAGUACAUCGAAACACGUGUGGACUGUCAAGACUGCCAAUCAGCUGGAGAAGCCUCGCGUCGUUAUUCUUGGCUUCCAGACAAAUCGUAAAGGACGAAAAACAGCCAAUGCUAGUCGCUUUGAUCAUUGUAAUAUAAGCAACGUUACACUUUUUCAAAACUCUCAACACUAUCCCUAUGGAAAUCUCAAUCUCAAUAUUACUAAUAAUCAGUAUGCUCUACUCUACGAUAUGUAUGCCAACUUUCAAAAUGCUUACUACAAAAAAGAGGUAGAACCAAUGCUGAAAAAGGUCGACUAUCUGUCGUAUGCCCCUCUCGUUGUCAUUGACUGCUCAAAACAAAAUGAGUCACUGAAACAAGCAUCAGUUGAUGUUCGUCUCGAACUUGAGGCUAGGGCAAAUAUUCCAGUUGGCACCUCUGCAUACUGUCUCAUCCUACACGAUCGUAUAGUCGAAUACAACCCUAUGAGUGGAGAUGUAAAAAAAAUUGUUUAA